UUUUAUUCACAUCCAGGCCGGAUAAGCAGUUGUUUACAGGAUUUGGGCCAUAAGGUGUUUGUGUUCGACAAACGGAUGUUUUCGCUCUAUACACAACUGCAGAUGGAUGUUAAGUUGUUUAAAACUUCAUUGUCGUUCGUGUAGUUACUGGGACGCACUUGGGGAACAACAAAAUUUUCUCGAGGGAGUACGCCGUCUGUUUUCUUUGCCACGCGCAAAGGACUACAACCAAGAGCUUGCCUUUGAAAAUUUUUCCCAGUUCAGCUGAUGAAACAUGUCCCAACAGAUUGGAGUGUCUGUGCCAGACUCUGAGACACUGAGUUCUGAUAAGUCCAAACGUUUUACGGUGUAUAAAGUGUUAGUGAAGCUUCCUGAUGGACGAAGCUAUUUCAUCUUCAGAAGAUAUAAUGAGUUUUACAACUUAUAUGAAAAGAUAAAGAAAGUUUUCCCUGACCUAAACAUUAAGUUACCUGGAAAACGAAGGCUAGGAAAUAACUUUGAUCCAGAGUUCAUAAGAAUGAGAAGAGAGGGGCUUAAUGAGUUUACAACCAAGAUAAUUAGCCAUCCCAGUGCCAUUGAGCAUCCUGACAUUCGUCUGUUUUUAUCACUGGAUAAUCCAAAAAAUGCCCAAGUUAACAAUGACAAUGAGCAGUUUGGAGCUGAUGAAGAUGACUCACUGGCUAAGGAUCUCAACAGAAUUGAUCUUGGGGACUCAUAUAAUCAAAAGGCAAAGCCAAGUGACUUCCUGUUUCUUAAGGUUAUUGGAAAAGGGAGUUUUGGAAAGGUUUUCCUUGCCAAAAAUAAACAAGAAGAUGAAUUCUAUGCCAUUAAGGUUUUAAACAAAGCUGCCAUUAGAAAAAGAAAUGAGGCAAAGCAUAUCAUGGCAGAAAGGAAUGUUUUGUUGAUGAAUGUUAAGCAUCCUUUCUUAGUGGGAUUGCAUUACUCCUUUCAAACACGUGAUAAACUCUACUUUGUUUUGGAUUAUGUAAAUGGAGGAGAGUUAUUCUUUCACUUGCAAAAGGAAAGGUAUUUUCCAGAAGCAAGGGCAAGAUUCUAUGCAGCAGAAAUAGCAUCUGCAAUUGGAUAUCUUCAUUCUCUUCAAAUAAUUUACAGAGAUUUGAAGCCUGAAAACAUUCUUCUAGAUCAUAAAGGGCAUGUAGUUUUAACAGACUUUGGACUUUGCAAGGAAGGCAUAGAACCUUCUGGUACAACAUCAACAUUCUGUGGCACACCAGAGUAUUUAGCACCAGAAGUUCUUCGAAAACAGGAGUACGACAAAACUGUUGAUUGGUGGUGCCUUGGUGCAGUGUUAUAUGAAAUGAUGUAUGGUUUGCCACCAUUUUAUAGUCGAGAUACAGCAGAAAUGUAUGACAACAUUCUUCACAAGCCUCUUCGACUCAGAACAAAUAUAUCGGCCAGUGCAAGAAAUGUUCUUGAAAAACUACUUCAGAAAGAUCGUUCAAAACGACUGGGUGUUGGAGAGAAUGACUUUGAAGAAGUCAAGAAUCAUCCAUUUUUUCAAAGUAUUGACUGGCAAUUGCUGUAUGAUAAAAAAAUUGAACCACCAUAUAACCCUAAUGUGACAGGUCAACUUGACUUGAGACAUUUUGAUCCUGAGUUUGUUCGAGAACCUGUACCAGGGUCUGUCGGUAAAUCAGCUGAUUCGGCAUUUUUAAGCGCGAGUGUGGAUGAUCCAGACGAUGCAUUUGUUGGUUUCACGUACGUUGCUCCAAUGGAAGAAGUACUUCAUGAAUGAAUCGCAUAGUCUUAUCGUAAAAGUAAUUUGCGGUUCUCAAGAUAAGAUUUGCCCUUUUCAGCAACGAAGUACACCCUAGUAAAAAAAAAAACCUCAAACAGUAUGCUUUAAUAUAAAUGUAUUAAUCUAAGUUAUCGGAUAAGAGAGCGGACAUUCCCUCUAUAAAGCCAAAGCACUUUUCUAAUGACUAUUGUCAAAAAUAGCUGAAAACUGGAAAAAGCUGGGUAACUUUUCCCAGGCAACAAGAGCCAUUGUCUUGAAGUGCGCCUGUAUUGCUUAUGCUGUUAUUUAAAAAUUCAUCAGCAUCAUUUCUAUCUUUGAUUAGCCAUCUAAUUAUUAAAUCAGUUAAUGUCAAACUUCAAGAACAUCGAUGACAAGGUAAGGAAUGUAAAGAAGACAAGUUACCUCGAGUGAACUCAAGUCACACCUGAUCUUGUGCCAAAAUUGACACUUUCACACGCUUUUCACAUUGGUCCCAUGAAUUAACUGUGUCUGGUUAAUCUACGUCGAUUGAGUUGCAUACUUUAUUACCAUUCAUGAUAAAUUCAUUAUAAAUUGUGUUCCAAUUUAAUUUAUUGAUAAUUAUGCUGUGUUUGCAUGAACAUAAUAGAGUUUAGAGACCAAAAAAAUACGUUGUAUUUAAGUGCUAGUCAUAUUUAGUUGUAUAAAGUGAUGUAGUGAUCCAAUGUCGAUUAAAAAUUUCCAUGGUUCACCUGUGAA